AUGGUGCUGCUGCUGCUAGUGGCCAUCCCGCUGCUGGUACACAGCUCCCGCGGGCCGGCGCACUACGAGAUGCUGGGGCGCUGCCGCAUGGUGUGCGACCCGCACGGGCCCCGAGGCCCAGGCCCGGGCCCCGACGGUGCGCUGGCCUCGGCGCCCCCCUUCCCGCCGGGCUCCAAAGGAGAGAUGGGCCGGCGCGGGAAGGCCGGUCUGCGGGGGCCUCCGGGUCCGCCGGGUCCCAGGGGGCCUCCGGGUGAACCGGGCAGGCCAGGGCCCCCUGGUCCUCCUGGCCCCGGCCCCGGAGGACUGGCCCCCGCUGCAGGCUACGUGCCUCGAAUCGCCUUCUACGCGGGCCUGCGGCGACCCCACGAAGGUUACGAGGUGCUGCGAUUCGACGACGUGGUGACGAACGUGGGGAACGCUUACGAAGCGGCCAGCGGCAAGUUCACCUGUCCCAUGCCAGGAGUCUACUUUUUCGCUUACCAUGUGCUCAUGCGCGGAGGCGACGGCACCAGCAUGUGGGCCGACCUGAUGAAGAACGGACAGGUCCGUGCCAGUGCCAUUGCUCAGGAUGCAGACCAGAAUUACGACUAUGCUAGCAACAGCGUUAUCCUGCACUUGGAUGUGGGCGAUGAGGUCUUCAUCAAGCUGGAUGGAGGAAAGGUGCAUGGCGGCAACACCAACAAGUAUAGCACCUUCUCCGGCUUCAUCAUUUAUCCAGACUGAGCUGCCCUCUCCGCACCUUCCCCUGCCUGCCCCGCCCUU